AUGAGCAAUGUAUCUGGAGACUCGAGUUGUGCAUCAAAUGUCCGAGAGAGAGGACGAGGUACAGUUGUUGGCGUACCUAAGAGAUGUUGGUGUGGAGAAGCAAUCGUGGCCAAAAAUUUGAAAUCGGAGUCAAAUCCUUGUCGACGAAACUUCCGUUGUGGGUAUGCAACUGCGAAGAAGCUUAUGAAUGAUGACCACGUCUUCAAGUGGGUCGAUGAGGCACUGUUGGAUGAGGUAGAGUCUUUCUCUGUUCAAACUGUAAAACUACAAAUGGAAAUGGAGAUUGAGAAGAAGAUGCAAAUGGAGCUUGAGAAAGAGCUAUUUGAGAGGGUUGAAGAUGCAAAAUCAGAAUUGAAAGCAAGGAUGAAGGUUAUCAGUCGUUUGCUUUCAGAUUGUUUGUUGUGA